GGAAAAACCUUCUGCAUAAGGUCUGUUAAGGAUAUCGUCCAAGAUGCUGAAUUGGUUAGACGGGUUUUUAGAUCUAAUUUUGCCACCACGCAUUUGCUCACCGGCUUUCCCACUUCCAGCCGCCGGCCUCCUCAUCCGAUUCUACUGGCCAGGCGCCGGCGUGUGGGUCUCACGCAUCCGUCAGCCUCCUCCGCCCGCUCAUCCCGCUUCAGCAUCAGUUCUUGUAGUUGUGUUUUGUUGUUUUUCUGUUACAGCUUUAGUUUAUUUGUUGUUCUGUGUGGGAUUUAGAUUUAGUCUUCCUGCCCUUGUGUUAUAUUAUAAUUGGGUGGAAACUUUGUUUUUGGCUCAGUUUCAGUUUCCUUUAAUGCAUGUUUCCCUGCAAUGCUUUGUUGUUACAAUUGAGAGAGAUUUUUCAGUCGCAGUUAUGGUUGUUAGAUUUUCUAAUGAUAAUAUUAUCCGUGCUCAGUAUCACCGGAUUCAAGAGGAUAUGGGAGUAAGAAAGGUUCACAUUUAUGAAUUUAGCCGGGUGAAUAUGGUGUAUACACUUCUUAGCAAGCGUAAGCUUCUAUGGUUUGUUGAAAAUGGAAAGGUUGAUGGAUGGGAUGAUGCUCGUUUUCCAACAGUCCAAGGAAUUAUUCGUAGAGGUCUACAAGUUGAAGCAGUGAUACAAUUUAUUCUUGAACAGGGAACAUCAAAGAAUCUGAAUCUGAUGGAAUGGGAUAAACUCUGGACCAUUAAUAAGAAGAUCAUUGAUCCUGUGUGCCUCAGACAUACUGCUGUCAUUAAUGAAAGGUGUGUGCUGUUGGCCCUGACAAAUGGUCCUGAGGAGCCAUUUGUCCGCAUCAUACCUAGGCAUAAGAAAUAUGAAGAUGCUGGGGAGAAGUGUACAACAUACACAGAGAUAUGGAUUGACCAUGCUGAUGCUGAAUCCAUCUCAGUAGAUGAGGAAAUAACCUUCAUGGAUUGGGGAAAUGCCAUAGUAAAGAGAAUAGAGAAGGGCCAGGAUGGGAACGUCACACAGUUGACAGGGGUUUUGCACCUUGAAGGAUCUGUCAAGAACACAGAGUUGAAGCUUACUUGGCUACCUGAAACAAGUGAACUAGUUAAUGUCACACUGGUGGAGUUUGACUACCUAAUUACAAAGAAGCUUAAAGAAGGAGAUGAUUUCCUGGAUGUUUUUAACCCGUGCACGAAAAGGGGGACCUCGGCCUUAUGGUAUUCCAACAUGCGGAAUUUGCAGCGGGGAGAGAUACUGCAGCUGGAGGGGAAAAAAUAUUUCAGAUGUGAUGUUCCUUUUAUUAGGCUUUCAAAGCCUGUAGUUUUAUUUGCGAUCCCAGAUGGCAGGCAGCAGACCUGUUUGAAGUAAAACAUUUACAUUCGAAUUAUUCAGUUUCGCGGGAUUUUUUUACCUUUAUCAAACGUCACUGUUAAUUUAGGUUUUGUUUUGACAUAAAAACAUUUUCAUGAAAUUUCAAUAUUUUUUGGUGUUUGGUUGCACUUUGGAAAACUUGAUCAACCGUGAAA